GGGUAUGCACGAACCAGCACUGUCCAGCAGUCGCCAGUCCAGCAGUGAGAAGUCAGAGUACUGAGACACAAAUAGUGAAAAUAUACAACAACAUACAAAAGUCAAACACAUACAUUGCACGAGUUCAUUGAUUCGCAUCUCAGCAAUUCAAAAUGACGAAAGCUUUUACGAUUAGAAGUUCUAUAAUAGCGGCGAUUGCUAUUUUAUGCAUGAUAUCGCCAGCUAUAUCUAUCGCAGUCCGGGAUACAGAGGAUGAUACCUCGGCGUCAGAAGUUGCCGAGAUUGAGACCGAUUCCGCCGAUCUCGAAAUCAAUUCUGCAGAUGCGACGGACGUUGAAAUCGCAUCAGACAUGGAGACAAUGCCAGCGAUAUUUACUGAGGAACAAGUUGUUCAAGCUCGUGCGGAAGGCAUCGAUCUUUGCACGUAUUUUGGGGGUAUCUCGUUUUUCGGACAUGAAGACCACAAUGAGGUCUGCUGUAGUAAAUCCUGUGGCGAGUGCGGUGCCGGAGGGUGUGGUGAUAGAGACGGCGGUUAUGACAGUUGUUGUAUAAGUGGUAUUAUAAUUGCGGAAAAGGUAUGCGCCGAUGGGCAAGAUGCACCAUGCGUACUCCCGGGUUUACCUUUAUCGCCCUUCUAAAUUCCGAGCAAGAGAACUUAUUUUGAGCCUAUUCCAUGGGCAAAGACACAAAGAAAUAAUUAGUCAUCAGUAUUUCACUACGUACCUCUAUAACAUAACAAUAAAUCGCCGCACGGGCAAGCUGCCACGGCUUCCAUCCUUCAAUCGUGUCAUAUCUUCA